AUGACAGAGAACGGCAAAGAUGACACGCGAUCCCCCUCGGUGGAUCACAGCGCCGGCGACCAGGAAUCCGGUGAUAUAGCUGAACAGAAUGGGUCGACCGAAUCGAAGACUAACUCGAACAACGGCGAAAAUGGAACGACGCAAGAUGCGCAAAAGCCCGCUUCGAAUAAUCCCAAGGACCCGUCGAGGCCGCGACGGAAGAAGGCAAGGCGAGCUUGCUUUGCUUGUCAACGGGCUCAUCUGACUUGCGGUGACGAACGGCCUUGUCAACGCUGCAUCAAACGGGGGCUGCAGGAUGCCUGCCAUGACGGAGUCCGGAAGAAAGCCAAAUAUCUCCAUGAUGCGCCAGACGGUGCGCUCAUGCCGGGCGUGGGUGCGAAUUUCUACAAUCAAGCCAAUGCGAUGCGCAACAACAAAAACCCACCUUUCCCUCAGAACGGCACCAAUGCGACUAAAGCUGAAUCUAACCCCGGCAACAACUUCUAUGCCUCGUCGCAACCGUCCUCCUUCGCCUUCGACCAGAACAAGACUUCAAAUCAGAUCCUGUCGGAGAAUACGAUAAGCCAAAGCGCGUUCAACACCCAGUCGCCCGUGUCGCCCACAUUCAGCAUGACGACGACCUCUGCCAUGCCCUCUACGAUGACCCAGCAAACAUCUGUGACCGACCCGUCGAUAGGCACUGCUCCGUCGCAGAGUCCGUUCGGGGGCGCGUUCUUCGAUCCCAGCGAUCCCGCAUUGUUUAACUUUGAUCUGGCCAGCAUGAACUUUGGAAAUCGGUACGGCGCCCUUGAAUUUGGCAUGCUUGGACACAUGGCUACUGGAGCUGGGGAUACGCCGCCCAGCGACACGGCGACCCAGCGCGGGUCCGUCGGACGCAGCGGUUCUCAGCAGUUUUCCACUCCGGCGCCCGGUUCUGGGUUUGGUGAGAGUCCGAGCAAUCAACAAUCGUUCAUGUUCGGAGAUACGAUGCUGAACGACUGGUCGAACGGGCAAAUCGGCAACCUUUACGGGACAUCUGGUCAGGGCAACCUGGUUUCCGGACAGCUGCUGAAACAGGAUGCGCCGCACGCGUUUGCCAUCGGAAGCGGUUCAGGCAGUCUCACGAGCCCGCCGUCAACGACCAGCCCGCAGAUGACGACGACAACAACGACAACGACAACGAACUACGACGAUUCGGCCAACAAAUCGAAGCCGGUUAUCUCCACCCCGCAUUUGCGGCAUCAGAGCUUGUAUUCGGCCGUUAAGCGGCGCGACCGCGAUCCGUCUUCCAUCUACGAAAGUGUCAAGGAGCCUUACUCGUAUACCAACGGUUUCCACAAACUGAUCGCUUUCAUCCAACGACGGUUCUGCCCCAGAAGACGUUGCGGAUUGCCAAGGCGCUGGCCUCGAUUCCGAACGCUGUGGGAAUACGAGGACUUUAUCAAUGCUUGCGGCACGCCGACCAUUGUCUGCCGGCGCACCGGGGAGGUGGCUGCCGUGGGGAAGGAAUUCAGUAUUCUCACUGGAUGGAAGAAAGAGGUGCUUCUGGGGAAGGCGCCCAAUCUGAACGUCAACACAGGGGGGGAUUCCUCGGGCACUUCAUCCCGGGGCAGUUUCACUCCGCGGGAUAAUGCGCCAUCGGGAACGACACAGCCGGUGUUCUUGGCCGAACUGCUCGACGACGACAGCGUGAUCGAGUUCUACGAGGACUUUGCGCGGCUCGCGUUUGGCGAUUCGCGGGGCAGCGUGAUGAAUACAUGCAAGCUGCUGAAAUACAAGACCAAGGAGGACAUGGAGCUGGUCAAGUCGGACGACGGGCGAUGGAACACGCAUGUGGGGAAGGGGGGUAUAGCAGGCGAGGCGGGCAUGAACCGGCUGGGGUUUAAAGAUGGCAAGGUGGAGUGCAGUUACUGCUGGACAGUCAAGCGGGACGUAUUCGACAUUCCGAUGUUGAUAGUAAUGAACUUCCUGCCACAUAUUUGA